AUGGCGACUUAUGGGAUCUCACAAGUUCUCCAACAGGACAUUCUACAAAUCGCGAAUAUGAGCUCGAGAUUCACAACAGCAGAUCCGCUAACAAACGUCAUGUUAAGAGAUCCACGCGGUGUAUUUAUGAGCCCCAUAGAAUCGCGCAGAGAUGUGGCACUGCACAACUAUAACAAGGGACUGAUGGGUUCCAUCGGACCCAUCACAAAUUCCUUUCUUUUGAAGUCAUACAGUCACUGUGCGCCACAGCUCAUUGAGGCUUCCGCCUGGAUCCAACAAUUUCAUCCUAAUCAAUACUGGCACAUUCCAUGGAAAGACGAGCCGGGAACAUUUGAUAUACCUCCCGACUGCGUGAAUGCAAAUCUUUACUACUAUAUUGAGAAUGCUCUGCAUACGAACCGGAAAACCUACAUGCAGGGCAAAGAGCACUAUUACAUACGACAGCUCGAUUUCAGAGUCUUCGAACUGCAAACACCAGGCAAAGAGGCGGCCAAAUACCUGCUGGCGCGUAUCAGCAAGAUCCACCCGCAAGUGGACAAAUACGCGCACUUCACUCUCGCACAUCAAGACCUGCUCCAAGGCUUGGGAUGGGAAUACCUCGGCCACGUUGCUUUCAAUCCGGAGUUCGCUCAUGAUGGCAGCCUCUUGACAGUUCCUCAAAGUACGAGAAGCUGGGUACUGAGAGGCGUGCCGCAUUCGAACAAAGCGGCUGCGCCAGCGGAAAUGCCCCACGCCACCACCCACCGCGUCCUCUUCAUCGACGCCUAUGAUUCUUUCACUAAUAACAUCAUCGCUCUCCUCGAAACGAAUCUCCGCGUCGAAGUCACAACUAUCAAAAUCGAUGAACCUAUCCGGAACUUGGCAGAGUUCCUAAGACCGUUCUCCGCAGUCGUCGCGGGACCUGGUCCCGGCGACCCGAGGAAUUCUAAGGACGUAGGGUGGGUUCAAGAGCUGUGGAAGCUUGGAAACCAGGAUUUAUUGCCGGUCCUGGGAAUCUGUCUUGGGUUUCAGAGUCUCGUGCUGGCUUUUGGGGGAACGAUUGAUAGGUUAGGGGAGCCGAGACAUGGGAUUGUGAGGAGGGUUAGGGGAAAUGGGGAAAAUAUCUUUCAGGGGGUGGAGGAGGUAGAAACGGUUCAGUAUCAUUCCCUUUACGCUUCUCUUGGACCGGAGGGCAAGCAUGAAUGGACAAGGUCCUACGAAGCAAGAAGUUCAUUACUCAAAUGCUCGGAUCUCCGACCUUUGGCUUGGGACUACGAAAUGGACAAUGCCGGAGACCGCACAGAGGACGCCAUGUCUUCCAAUCCGCCGCGAGUCUUGAUGGCUGUAGAGCACAAGUCAAAGCCGUUCUUUGGGAUACAGUUCCACGCAGAAUCUAUUUGCUCGAAUAACAAUGCCCGAAAGGUCAUUGAAGCAUGGUGGGAAAUUGCAAAGAGAUGGAGAAGGCCACGCCGAGACAUUGGAACUUUGCCGAGUUCACCCCGUUCGUGUUACGCAGACCUUGGAAUCGUUCAGAUUGACUCGAAGGACGAGAAUUCGCUAUCAAAAUAUCGAAGAGUAAUUGAUGACUCGAAGAUUCCUUCGAAUUCAAUCAGUGACGUCCGCAAUGGAGCAAAGCACGGCCCAAAUCUCCUGGAAGACCUGAAGGGAUCCAACGGUGCCUAUCCAUCGCAAGGUCACCGUCAAAAAAGCAAAGUCCGGGUUGAAACACGAAUUAUAGAUGUGGGGAAAGCCACUGUACCCUCGAUUUGUGAGACUCUCGGCUUGACUGACGGAGAAGCGAUUAUCCUGGACUCCGAAAUGCACCAAAGGCAUGAUGUGGGAGAGCACAGCAUCAUCGGCAUCAUAUCCACAGACUCCAUGCAUUUCGAUUAUAAUGUUGGCACGAAUGAGGUCCGCCGAGUCCACAAUCAAUCGAGCGACACAAUCGAUCUUCGACGCUGUGGAGGGAGUAUCUUCUCAUACUUGAAAACUUUCAUGGCUCAGUACAAGGUCGAAAGUUCCAACACAGGGGUUCCCUUUUGGGGCGGUCUCAUGGGAUUUAUCAGCUAUGAAGCAUGUCUUGAGACCAUUGGCAUCACCCACUCGCAACGCCGCACCGAAAACGACUUCCAAAGACCGGAUUUAAGUUUCAAGUUCGUCGAACGAAGUAUUGUAAUUGAUCAUUUCCACCAAAAGAUCCAUGUCCAAACAAUCAAGCCCGAUGAUCAAGACUGGCUUGAUAAGACUACCUUGCGAUUAAACAGCACAAGACCUAAAACCCCAUUAUUUUCGCACCCAGAUCCUCUCUGUUUCAAUGCUCAAAUGUCACUCCCCGACGCCGCCUCCUACCAGUCCAAAGUCCGAGCCUGCCAAUCCGCAAUCCGAGCCGGCGACUCCUAUGAGCUCUGCCUGACAAACCAAGCCACCAUCCAUCCCCAGAACCGUCUUCCAACCUGGCCACUCUACCUCCGCCUUCGCCAACUCAACCCAGCUCCCUUCUCCGCCUACGUGCGUCUCGGAAAAUUGACCCUUCUGUCCAGCUCACCCGAGCGAUUCUUGCGGUGGUCGCGACCAACAGAGUCGUCAGGUUCCAAGACCAAUGACGCAUUUGACCGCAAAGAGAAGACCAUCAGUUGUCAAUUCCGCCCCAUCAAGGGCACAGUGAAGCGCCAACCUGACCCCAACACUCCACCACUUACCCUCGCGGAAGCAACAGCUCAGCUCGCAACACCCAAAGAGCGCGCGGAGAAUCUGAUGAUUGUGGAUUUGAUACGGCACGAUCUCCACGGCGUAGUGGGGUCGGGAAGGGUCAGUGUGCCGAAGUUGAUGGCGGUGGAGGAGUACGCUACGCUCUUCCAACUCGUCAGCGUUGUCGAGGGAAGUCUCAUCGUUGAAGACGGCGAUGACAGAGACACCAGCAACGGAAACGACGGAACUGACAGUCUCCGCACCGACAACACCCCCAAUCACCCCAGCAUGGGAAAGACCACGCAGAGCACCCACGCAGCCAAAACAGGCAUCGACAUCCUCGCCGCCUCCCUCCCACCCGGCAGCAUGACCGGCGCCCCGAAACUGCGCUCCUGCCAGAUCCUCCGCUCCCUCGAGAACCGCCCUCGCGGUGUAUACUCCGGCGUACUCGGCUACAUGGACGUAGGCGGCGGUGGCGAUUUCUCCGUCGUCAUCCGCAGCGCCGUGCGAUGGGAUCACGAUGCCCGUCCCAAGCGCGAAGCGAGUGGAGAAAACGGCGUCGUUGGAAAUGACAAUGUUACAGAUGGAGACGGAGGGAACGAAGCUGAGGGCGACGAAUGGACGAUCGGGGCAGGGGGCGCGGUGACGAGUCUCAGCUCCGAGGAGGGGGAGUGGGAGGAGAUGCUCGCGAAGCUGAGGAGUACAUUGCGGCUUUUCGAAGGAGAUGGAUGUGGUGGAGAGGGAGGGGGUAAGUAG